GUCUGCCGCCCUGUUCUCCAAAUUGCGUAGCUUCUCGAUUGGCAGUGGGCCCAACUCGCCCCAGCGAGUUGUCUCCAAUUUGCGCGGUUUCCUCACCCAUCGCCUCAGCAAUAUCACACCGAGCGACACAGGUUGUUCACUGGCAUGCCCACAACUCGUUCAACUACAACUACAACUCCAACAACCACACGAAAACAUGUAAAACACCACAGCAACAGCAACAGCAACAACUACAACAACUACAAACCACCUCAAAGCAUAAACAAAAGCAAAAGGGAGGGCAACUAGCAAAGCGGAAACGGAAGCAGCCAUAUUUGUAGCCAGUGCUAAGCAAUUUCCGGCUGUGACCAUGAAUUUGACAGGCCUCGAGCUCCACAGAAAGCAGCAUUAAAGCAGAGAAAGCAGUAGAGGGACGGUAACUUCUGAGUACAAAACACAACAGCAAACAGGAAGCAGAAAGCAGGAAGCAGAACGAGAGAAGGAGAAGAACUCAUAACACACCUGAGAGAUUAAGUAAGAGCAGCUAGCAAUAUGGCCUCAUUCCAAAUACCUGUAAUCAACCUGGAGCUGCGCGAGGUGAAGGAGAUCGUGUGGGAGAAGAUCCAGGAGCCGGUCAACCAGCGCCGCCUUAUUCUGGUGAUCGUGUCCAUAGCCCUGCUGCUGGACAACAUGCUCUACAUGGUGAUUGUGCCCAUCAUACCCGACUAUCUGCGCGAGAUCAGCAACUUUGACGACGGCCCGACGCCACCCCCGCUGCGGGACAACGUAACGGGCAUGAUCAUACCCGUGCACCACGAUCACCACGGCCAGGACUCGGCCACGGGCCUACUGUUCGCCUCCAAGGCCAUCGUUCAGCUGAUGGUCAAUCCGUUCUCGGGUGGCCUAAUCGAUAAGAUCGGCUACGACCUGCCCAUGAUGAUUGGCCUCACCAUCAUGUUCUUCUCGACGGCCGUCUUCGCCUGCGGCAGCAGCUACAGCGUCCUGUUCUUCGCCCGCUCGUUGCAGGGCGCCGGCUCGGCGUUCGCGGACACAGCGGGCUUGGCCAUGAUCGCCGAUCGCUUUACCGAAGAGAACGAGAGAUCGCAGGCGCUGGGCAUUGCCCUGGCGUUCAUUAGUUUUGGCUGCCUGGUGGCACCACCCUUCGGCGGAGCACUGUACCAGUUUGCCGGAAAAGAAGUCCCUUUCCUGAUCCUGGCCUUCGUCUGCGCCCUUGACGGCGUGAUGCUGCUGCUAGUGAUGAAGCCCCUGAAGGAGCAGAUUAGACAGAGCAAGGAGGUCCAGGAUCAGGUAAUUCCCAUCUGGCGCCUCCUUAUGGAUCCCUACAUUGCUGUGUGUGCCGGAGCACUAACCAUGUCGAAUGUGGCCCUGGCCUUCCUGGAGCCCACCAUCUCGCUGUGGAUGGAGGAUACGAUGACCACAGACAACUGGAAGAUCGGCAUGGUCUGGCUGCCCGCCUUCUUUCCGCACGUCCUGGGCGUGGUAAUCACAGUGAAGAUGGCCCGCAAGUAUCCGCAACACCAGUGGCUGAUGGCUGCCAUCGGGUUGGCACUCGAGGGCUUCUCCUGCUUCAUCAUACCCUUCUGCACCGGCUACAAGAUGCUGAUGCUGCCCAUCUGCGUCAUCUGCUUCGGCAUCGCGCUCAUCGACACUGCCCUGCUGCCGACGCUCGGCUACCUGGUGGACGUCCGCUACGUGUCCGUAUACGGCAGCAUUUACGCGAUCGCGGACAUCUCAUACUCGAUCGCUUACGCCGUUGGCCCGAUCAUCGCCGGCGGCGUGGUGGAGGCUAUUGGAUUCACUGCGCUCAACUUCAUGAUCGCCUUCUCGAAUUUGGCCUACGUGCCCGUACUACGCAAGCUGCGCAACAUCUACGACUUCAAGCCCUUCGAGAACGAGGCCAACAUCCUGAUGCAGGAUCCGCCCAACAAGGAGUACCAGACCUACGUGAUGCACGACCAGAAGCCAGUCGAGGGCGAAGUCAAGAACCACCUCGAGUACGGCCAGCAGUACCAGCAGGAGCAGGAGACCAAUCUGGACGAUCAGCAGUACGAGUACCAGCAGCAGCAGGGAUACCAGCAGGCGGGCGGCUAUCAGCAGGACCAGGGCUACCAGCCGGGAUAUCAGGAGCAGGGCGGCAGCUACUCGCAGCAGGGACAGCCACGAGUGGCCAAUCCCUUCCAGCAGCAGCAGCAGCAGCAACAGCAGCAGCAACAACAGCAGCAGUCGCAGAGCAGAGGUCCAGGCGCACCGGCGAAUCCCUUCAGACAAGGAUUUUAAACUGUUGUCUGAGACAAAGCCUAGAUCUAAUUAAUGUUUUCAUUUGUACAUCUCUGUUUGCAGUGUUUGCACAGUUCGUUCGUUAUUCGUUUGUUUAUUUGUUGAACCUACUAUAUGUGCAUAUGUAUGUACAUAUAGUAUAUAUAUAAUUCUAUAUACACAGACAUACAAUAGGCAAGUGGUACGUACACUAUAACAAGCAUGACAUGCAGAUAGUUAAUACAGCAGCUAGUUAAUGCCAUGCACACAGCACCAACGUUUUGUAUCAUACACGAAGUUGAAAAAACUACAUAUAGCAGCGUAUAUAGCAGCUAUAUAGAGCGGCCCGGCCCGAUCGGGACGCCUAUGCCCUAUACUCAGUACUCAAGCAGCCGUUUUCGUGUCUAUCAGUCAGUGAGAAGCUAGAGAAACCAAAGUCAGUCUUAGUUAGGUAUAUUAAUGGUGGGAGCAGGCCCCGGCCUACCCAUAUAUCAAAUACAUACAUAUAUCAGAUACUAUAUACACACAGAUACAUAUACAUAUAUACACAUAUAUUGUAUACAAUUUAGUCGUAAGCGGCUUAGCUGGACCCGGACCACUCUCACCCAAGUGCCGCCGUCCUACAGGCAAUGGCAUCCAUAUCGCAGACAUAUCACAAGAUGCACAAAAAUCGAAAUCCUACCCCCGCCGCUGAACAAAGGAACUCUUUCGGUUGUCAUUGUGGCGGACCUGGGUCCGAGAGUGGCUUCGCGACCAGACAAACCAUAUUAUUUCCGAUUUAAACCAGAAGAAGAGGGACGUGAAUUUGAGUUUAGUGUUUUCGCAACAUAAGACACAACCAAGGUAACGAUACAUAUCAGAGUCUCGAUGGCUCGCCUGUUAAAAUUACCAAAAGUGAUAUUACUUAUUGCUACUAGUCUAUACAUACAUACAUAUACAUAUAUAUCUUAUCAUAUCGAUGACAUACACCCCCUACUUUUAGGUCGUACAUAGACUGUACAUAACUUAUACAAAAACCAGAAAUUCGAGACCCGAAACCCGAAACCGAAGAAAUCAAUUUGAAAUUAUUCAAAGUUUCAUAGUUACCUACCAAUCAAUUAUUAUUUGCUUAAUGACUCUAUGGGCAAUGCGCUGGUUCCUGUUUCUCCGAUCAGGGGACUGGGACUCGGCCGCCAUAGUAGAUCAUCUAUAGCAUAGCAUAAAUGUGUGUACCUUGUCUAUAAGAUAAAGUUAAACGAAAAGCUAAACCUAAAGAUAAACGAUUAUUGUAUGCAUAUAGUAGUACUCGUACAAAAUAUUUGAUUCAUUUCGAAAGCACCACUUUUUUGAAGGCAGUUUACUGUCCCUAUAUUAUACACCUUUUAGUGGAAUCUAUAUACAUAUAUAAAUAUAUAUAUAUAUAUCGAUAAGCAAACUGAUCAUUUAUAUACAUACAACUAUGCAUACGUAUGUGGAUUUCAGCAUAUGAUUAUUGUGUACAUUUCUCAAAUGUGUUCUAGUCAGCAAUUACAAUUACGUAUGUAUAUCUCAGACUUUCUAUAUCGGUGAGCAUAUCAGUGAAACGGCCAUUUUGGAACUGCUAUCAGAAAAUAUAUUCAUAUAUAUCUUAUGAAUUACAAGAGCAAUUGGUUAAAGCAGCUUGCCUACAUAGGAUCUAGCAUAUAGAAAUACUCGUAUACACGUGAAAUGCACUGAUUUUCAAGGAACUACUAGUUUUGUUCUAGAAAUAUUGGGAAUGAAGAAGAUCUAAUUUGGAUAUGGAAAUCGUUUUUAUGUUUCGGUAUUCUGCUUAUAAUUGUAUCUAUCAUAUUCCCACUUUUCUUAUGUAGUUCCUAAAUAUUAUUUUUUUGUUGAUUUUGUAUUUUUUAAUAAAAAUUAUAACUCUAUAAAAAUUUUUAUAUUCGAUUUAGAUUUCUUUAGUGAUUGAUUUUCUUAAAGAUCUGAAAUACUUUAUAUAUUUUGUAUAUGCGUAUUUCGAUUUAUACACAUCAUAUUUUCAAGCUUUUUGUUCCACAUUUCACAAUUUCAAUUAUUUUACAGAGAAAAACUAAUACACAAUUCGAAUAUACACACAGUUCUACAUAUUUACAGAAACUGUAGAAAUACUCUUAACUAUAAAAUGAAUUAAACUCAUGAAAAAAUCUCCCAUCAAAAGUAUCAAUUAAAAGGAAGGACAAAGGAAGAGGUGAGGAAUAGAGAGCUAAAGCAAAUUAACAUAUUUAUAUAUGCAGAUAUAUACAUAUAUAUAUAUGAAGAAUAGAAAACCAGUAAUUAAAAUAGUCAAUAAAGAAUAUAGAAUUAUGUACCAUACUAUCAAUAGAAUGUUUGUUUAAGUAGCUAACAAUAGAAUUUUAAAUGCGAGUAACCACACAAAUAUUUACCAUAAACAUAAAUGUAAGCCCCAAAAGCAAUAUUUCUGAAAGAUGCCUGGAUAAUAAUCCAAAGCUUCCAUCGGAGUCAUGACCAUGUAUUCACUUCUCUUUCAAACUUUCCUUCGAUAUAUUCGAAUAUUCAUUUUCUACUCUUCUGAAUUUCAUAUGGGGCCGCGGCUGGAUUACAAUUAAUAGAUGCCAGGCAAGGGCAGAGGGCAUAAUGUAUAUGAAGAAUCUUCCAACUUGGGUUUACAGAUAUUUCUACAAGCUAAUAAUAACCAUCGCAUCAUAGUGUAGUCAACCCAGUACUCCUGGGUUAGGGUCGAUAGUGCCGGAAAUGUGUAAUAACUUACAAAAAGAGUAAGUGCGUCGGGAGUGCAUCCACUAAAUGUGUUGCAAGCAUAUGAAUAUAAAUAUAAAUACGAGUAUAAAUUAAUAAAUAUGUAUGAUAAAUUAGUAUAUGAUUAUAUGAAAAGGAAUACAAGAAACGAUGAAGUUAUACUCUGCGUAUUACAAGUGUUAAAUGUUCAAUGGCAUUAUAUAAAUUAUAUGAAUUAUAUAAAUAAACAUAACACAACUGUGCGCUAUUAAUAAUUAACGAGAAACUAAUAUUAAAUAUCUAAAACAAAAAGGAAAUUACUAUACGAUAUAGGUAUAUUCUUUGGGCAGCAAAAUCAGUUCGUAGCACAGAAAGAUAAUUUAUAUUUUUUCGUAAAUGUAUAACAAAUGCCUCUCGACAGUUUCUAUGUGUUGUGUAAAAGUUUAGAAAAUUUUAAUGUAUCCCCUAGAAGAAAUGGAAUGAGUUUGUACGCAAAGACAAAGACACAGACCCACAGUUCAGUUUUGUAUUGUAUAUAAGACAUAUCGUUAGCUUCGAAUGUAAUUUUUGGUCAGAGUCAAAGUGUAAGUCAAGGUGUUUCAAGUACAUACCAUACUCGUACAUAAUCGUAUACUUAUACGACUUGUAUAAGCGAAAUUAUAGGAAAGUCUUUGAAGUUUCGUUUCGGCUAAUGUUAUAGACGUUUCUGUUAUAUAUUAAACAACAAUAAUUAUAAUUAUAAACAGUGGAAACUACAAAUUAUACCAGAUUAGUAAGCAGAAACAAAAAAAAACUCUUACUCUAACUCUAACAAGUAUCCGAAAAUCCCAGUUCUGUAAUCUGUAAAGUUGCUGUUCAAUUUCCAAGUCUAUCCAUCUAUAUUCUAUACGUAAUUAUGUUUGUAUCAGAUGAAUAUCGACAGACCUUAACUAUCCCCAAAAAUGAAAACUGAAAACUGAAAACUAAAUGCUAUGCAUAUCAAAACGAAAGCGAAUCAAUGAUCGAAUAAAUAGCUAGAGCAUACAAUAUUUUCAAAGUAUACCCCCGAAAUCUCUUCUAUAAUCAAAUGUAUACAGAAUGGUAUAGAAAACAGGAACUGGUUCGGCCUGCCGACCCUCAAAAUAUCCUCGAAGUACGGCGGUUCAGUGGAUAUCCAACCACCAGUCAUAUAUAUGUCUGAAAUUUGACUUAAACUGGUUUCACUUUUGCUGGACAUUUCAAGGAUAUUUCUUACCAAAUAAAAAUACAGAAACCACUCACACAUUCGACAUGAAUAUAUGAAUUUAUGACCGUAUUUGAGCUGCAUCCAAUGAGAAUUUCAAAUUUCUGGGCGAGUGCUUCUGGCCAAAGACAUAUGUUAUGAAUUGUGAAUUGAACCAACAACCAACAGCAGCUAUAACCGAAUGUAUAAGCACUGGCAAGAGCUAUAAAGGAACGAUAUUGAAUAAUUACAGAGCGACACACACCAACACACACACACACACACACACAAAC